GCUACGCUUUCGGACCAGGUUGUCGUUGUAUAUUUCAGACUAGAGAAAGAUUUCUCAAAGAUGGAUGGGAUGGAUGCACGUGAUUGGGAUAGACUUUAUCAAAAUCGAAAAGAUUUGCGUGAACAGAAACUCGAUAAGCUAGAGCUGAUGAAUCACUUAUACGAGAAAUUCGUCAUUUCUCAAGAUGACAGAAGGGAAGUGGAGACUUGUAAACCUACUACUUAUACCAAUCAAAUGAACACCUUGUUAGAAAUUCUUAAAAAGAAGCCCUUACGACUUAAGGCAUAUCAGCACUUCAUAGACGGACUGCGUACAGAUACACCUUGGUUGGCAGAUCAAAUUGAAAAAACAGAAACAACAGCAGAUCCCAGUCUGAAGUCUGUAGCUGAUUCUAGUCUCAUCGAGCAAGAAAUUUCCGAAGUUCUCAGCAAAUUGUACACACCCAAGAACGGUGAAUCUGUUUACCUGUCUGAGGUUAAAGAAACGUUGAAACAGAAUGGAGUCGAUACCAUUGCCGCUUGCUACAGUGACGAGAAACUCAUACAGUUGAUUCACAAUGCCUUCACCAGAGUGGAAGAAAUAACCAGGAGCAAAAGAAUAGGCAGGAGGCUCAUUGCAGACGUACGAUUUAAAAAUGUAGGUUUAAAAAAAAGCAGUAAAGGUUCUACUACAGGAGAAAUCGACAACAAAGGUAAAGAUGCUGAGGAUAUACAGUACAAAAUAGAUUGUACAACUGAUGAAGUAAAAAAGUUUAAAACAGAUGAGUUGAUGAAAUUCAUAGAAAAACACCUGCUUGCAAAUCAUCUUGAGACAGGUUGUCUUGAAGUGUUGAGAGCUGAACUUAUCACAGGAAGAAGUUUUUUGCUAGAAACUUCUGAAUCACUUAAAGGCUUACUAGAAGGUUUUCCCGUCAAUUUAAUAAAUUGCUUGAGUGAUUUAAUUACUCAUGUCAAAAAUACAGAACAAUAUUCAAAGAAACCCUUAGAAACACAGAUACUGCGAAAAUUUGGCAGUAACAAUUCUAAUAAAACCUAUUCUACAAAACGCAAACUUCCAGUGACAAGAAAUAUCAACGGGCCACUGACACAGCCAAUCAGAAACUUUCAUCUGGUUGAGGAGCAAGAAUUAGAUGAUGCUCUUGAAUUUAUAGCAUCAGAGUUCAUUCCCUUUGUAUCGGCCUGUUUGAAUGAGAGACGAGAUGGGACGAUUUACUUUGGUGUGAGUCCUACAGAUUCUGACAAAUAUCAGGCAGGAGAAAUAGUUGGUGUACAACUUCCACAGAAAGAUCAUUUAAAAGAAAAGAUCGAUAUUUUCUGCGAGAGAUCAUUCUCAGAUAGCCAAAGGCAGCGUAUCUCACAAAUGCUGCGUAAUGUUUGUUGUGUUCCUGUUGUUGAUAGUGAUCUAUCAGAUCUCUUCGUUGUGGAGAUAGACGUCAUAAUUUCAAGUAAACUUUUGAACGAAGAUACCUUUUACACAAAGUUGGACUACAUUCCAAUUCACUAUGAAAUAUGCAAGCAACCUAGUGGAAUUUUUAGAUUUUAUGAUGGAAUCCCCAAAAUAUGUACACAAGUUGAAGAGAUAAUAAAUUAUGAACGGAAUGAUAAGCUUAAAAUUAUUAAUCAAAGGUUGCAAGAUGAGAAGAAAAAUGAUGUUAUAAAAACUAAUUUAGGGGUGAAGCUACAGAAUCUUCUUGGUAGUGGCAACAUCGAGAACUCCUUUAUCUUUCUUCUCACAAGUCCUGGGGAGCCAGCAUCGACACAAGACGACAUAAGCAGUGAAGUCUCGUUUAUCCGGACAGUGGAGCCUAGAUGUGUCUUUGACUUCGAGACGAGACCAGAUGGAGUUUUUAAAAAGUUGGAUAAUCUUAAAGAAGAUUUUAUAAGAGUUUUAACUUUAGAUAAUUUUAAAACGAAUGAAGACGCGAAUUUGGGCAGAGGUGAAAUUGCUUGGAUAUUCUGUAAUGGCUAUGAUACGUCUCCAGCACAGGAGACAAAAGUUUGGAAAAUGAAAAGGAGAAAUAAUCUUCAACAAACACUUGAUGUGUUUCAAAGACUGUACCCGGAAAAUAGAGUCAUUGUGAUUGUCUGUUUGUUUUCUGAAAACUAUGAUACCCUAUUUGAAGGAUGCGAUGAGGUGUUUAAAAGAUAUCAGAAGAAAUGGAUUCUUCUUGCUGAAAAUGAAGACUUGGCAAAGAGAUUUUUGGACAGGGCUAAGGUUCGAGAACUAGCCGAUACAGAUGAUGUAUAUGAACGUUGCGUGAUCGGUCUGUCAUGGGAAGAAGUGGAUGAAACUUUGCUUAGCACCAGACCAAAGCGCAAUAAUGUUCCAAUGUGUAUACCAUGUUCUUCAGGGGGUUCUGUGAAAGUUGCAGAACUUCAGCUAAAACGUUGGUCAGAUUUAAAUAUUUUGACAUCGGGAGAACUUAGUUCCACUGAAAGUGAAGACGAGCUACAUGAAAAAAAUGAAGAGGUCAAGAAAAGAUUUUACCGGGGUGACGAAGUGGAUUGGUGGAAUUUUCAUUUUGGGCACCAUGUAGAGCGGCAGAUUCAUGGCAACCUCAAGGUCAGGGUCAGAGAGGCGCUGAGCAACCAAGAUGGCUUAGAAGAGAACCUCAUCACAUGGGUAAACAUCCAUCAUCAACAUGGAGCAGGAGGAACAACCGCAGCUAAACACAUUCUAUGGGAGUUCAGAAACGAGUGGCGGUGUUGUGUCUUGAAUACAAUUUCUGAACAGACUGCUGAUCAGCUUCUGGAGCUAAGGGAGUUCAAAGACAAAACACCAAAGCCAGUUCUAGUGCUCAUAGAUAACCAAAAUGAUGACAUGACGGAAGAUCUAAUAGCAAUAAUAAAACAAAAACUCGAAAACCGUAACAAAUUUUCCUAUCCAGUGUUCUUUACACUUCUACGCUGUGUGCGGAUAAUGGAUGCCCCCAUCUCAGGUUCACACGUAUCACUGAGCCAUAAGCUGACUGACAAAGAAUUACAAUCUUUUGAUGAAAAAUUUGAACUUCUAGAAAAAGACUAUAGAACUAAAAAAUCAAAUGUAGCCCCUAGCAGCCUACUAUCUUUCAACAUCAUGAAAAAUAACUUCAAAAAAGAAUAUAUUGAACGAGUGGUCAAAGAGUUUACCAAAAGUAUCACUGAUGAAACAGAAAUGAAGCUCCUCAAACUUGUUUCGUUUAUAAGUACGUACUACAGCAAUCCUGUGCCUGUGUUUUGUUUUGAUAAGUUAUUGCUACAACAACCUGAAAAAUCCUUAGCAACAGCUGGAUUCCCACCCAGCUUUGUGCGAAAACCGCAUUGGGAAACAAGGCUGAGUGACGAAGUGCAUGUUUUACUUAACAUCCGCUUGAACAGAGGCUGGGAUAGAAUAGCAGCCUUAAGAAUAUUUAAUAGGAUGGUUGCCAGUCAAGUAUUAUUUUUAAUGAGAGAGCGCACUGGUCAGAAAGAAAGUGAAAUCCUCUUGGAGCUUUUAAGUUCGGUCGAGGUGUUUUGUUUUAAGAAUCCUGAUCCUUUAUAUACUGUCAUUAAAUCGAUUCUCCACAACAGAGAGAAGCUAUCUGGAAAUCGACAACAAAAGUUUUCUCAAUUCGUGGAAAACAUACGUCAAUCUGAAGGACCUGAAAAAACUGUUGAAGUACUUUCUGCAUUGUAUCAAUAUAAUGGAGACGCUUUCACUGCGCAGCUUUUGGCGAGAUUUUUUCUAGACAUUGGAGAAUGGAACAAGGCAGAAUUCUAUGCAAAUAAAGCAGUUGAAAGAUGUCCAAAGAACUCUUUUCUAAGGGACACUUUAGGCCAGGUUUUCUUUAAUCAGAUUCCAAAAGAUGUACAAGAUGUAAAUGACGACACAACACUUAUGAAGAAAGUACAGGAUAUUAUUUUAAUUUCCUACAACGCUCACAGAACAUUUCUGGAUGGACAAAGAGUAAGUAAAGUGGAAGCAAGUCACAAACAUAAAGCCCGAAAUCUUGCUUGCCAUUUUGGUGAAUUAAAAGCUAUAGAAAAUCUUCUGGAAGCUCUAUCUAAGUAUCUGGACGAGUCUACAAUUCACGAGUAUCUGGUGUACCCAGAUAAACAAGUUGAAAUACUUUCCUUUUUGAAAGAUCAUGAAAAAAGAUUUCUAAAGUCUUUGGAUCAACGUUAUCAGAAACUGAUGAGGCGCCUCAGCGAAGAAUUGUUGCACUCAGAAGAAUCGCUCUGUAUCACUGAGCCAAGUUUUCAACAGAAAAAACUGGUGAAACUGAAAGUGAACCUUAAAAAGUACUUUGAAGAGAAAUCGGACAGUGUGCCAGCAAAUUUAAAUAAGACUUUGAAGUGCGAAUAUCGAAUGAGGCUCGUUAGAGAUCUUGGUGCAACUUCUGUGGAAGCGGUGCUUACACUAAGGAACAGUAACGAUAAAUUGAUGAAAAUUAUUGAAUUAAUAGAAAACAAUUUAGCGGGAAAAUCUGGCACAGCAUACGAAUACAAGUUAGUUCUUCAGGCCUCCUUUGUUUUAAUGCUCGGAAACAGCUUGCCUGAGACAAAAUUUAAAGACGUUUUGGGAUGGAGCAAGGAGUUGUACACAAUGGAAAGCUUUCAAAGAGAUAAGAUAGAUUUGUACCCAUUUUUCUUUUUUGUCAUUUUCAAUUUUCCAACACAAAGUAGAGAAGCAUUUCGAUUGCAAUACAUGUCGGAAUUAUCCACAGCACUUGAAAAUUGGAAAAUGGCAGCGAUGAAAAAAUGUAGCAGUUUAAGGGACAACAAAAGAAAUUAUUUAAACAGAGUCCAAUAUUUCCUUGGGAGCGAUUCACCACCAAAAGACAUCGUUCACUUUGAUGAUUUUAAACACAUAUUGGCCAUGCCUGAUACCUCUGAAAAAUGGAAACAUCCAGAACUCCGAAAUAUUCUAUUACCUACCAAAGGAAUGCUUCUAGAAGGCGGCAACUUAGUGCGCAUUUACUUAAAAAACAAGGAAGGAGGCCACGUUUUGAUCAGAACAGCGCAUUUUGUUUACGAUCGCUCCAGGUGGAUGAAGAGCGUAGAGUUUUAUGUUGGUUUUUGUUUGACCGGACCCAAAGCCUACAUCAUAGAAUUUAAAUAAGAACAUGGGUUAUAACAUUCUAGAAUAAUGAAAGCAAAGUUUAUGUCAGAUUCACCUGAAUAUAUCAAGUAUAGAAAUAUUAAGGCCUGAACACAUUAAUUGAUUAAAUUGUUUCCACACUUAUUGACUAUAAAUGAGGAAUGUUUUUACUGCACUUUCUGGCUAUUGUUCGUGGCAAUUUAAGUUGUUUUAAAUUUUUCAGAUCUUUGUUAUUGUAUUUUUUCAAAUCAUUAUUUACAAUCAAAUCUUAAAAUCUACACCACGUUGUACAUUUCAGACCGGUGCACAUCACUUUUUAAUCAAAUCUUUAUAUCUAUAUACUACUAAAAAAAUUGCGGAGUUUGUAUUUUUUGUACAAAAUCUUAUUUAAAGACGCUAAUUAAUUUGUUGAUAUAUUCAUACGUACAAACACAAGUUUACAAUUAUACAAAUUGAGAUCAAAUACUUUAUUUACUUAUUUUCCAGGCCCUGUAUUCGUAUCAAUGCUAUUAGUUAAAUUAGGAUAUAACUUAAUUUAAAAUAAUAUUUGGCGUAAUUUUAUUUUACGGCAAAGAGUUACCUCGGAGAGUGUUUAAAAUAGUACAAAUAGUUAUAUUUAAAGGUGCCUAGCUGGCCGAGACUACAGUGUUAUGGGUUCAAAAAAACAUCGUGUCAGUGUUAUUUUUGUUUUAAUUUUCACUCAAAGAAAGGGCACAUGGCCUUAAUAAUGGAUUCAUUUGUUAUUCAUUUGAGGUUCGAGCUCAGUAAGAAUUAUAGAAAUAAAUCUAUGUUUGAAAAGACAAUAAGUGUAAUAAGUGUGAAUUCUUCUAGAUGUGUAUUAUAAAGUUGCCUUUCGGACCUGGCGGGACACGGGGCAUGUAAAGUAUAGUUCACCUGUUUCUGUGACCUCGGCAUAUGAAGGGAUAGUGUGCUCAGCGGAAAUCGGUUCCUUUAAAAGACAAAAACAUGUUGGCUAAUGUGUUACGUCUUUUUAGAUGGGGGUCUGGCUUUUCGUGACGAAAUGUGCCAAUGGGGAAAGAUAGGGCAGAAGAUAAAAAUCGUUUAACAAGCGUGACCUAAUUUAUGAAUGACCCCUAAAUCCACAGUUAUCCAGAGGAUAAUGGGUGGUCUAGUAUAUACUAAACCUGUAUUAAUUAUUAGAGUAUUGAUCACUCUGAAAAAAAUAUAUUGAUUUUCAGGUUAUUUAUAAUGUAAACAUGUUUAUAAUUGAAAAUUUCUUUCACAUUCCUGUAAACUAGAUGUUUUAUAGUCAGAUAUUUUAUACGUCUAUUUUAGUCAAAGCACUGUCUUUUUUUCUAAAAUGUUUUAAUCAAAGAGCAAGAACAACAAUUGUAUUGGCUGAUUCAGCCAACAGCCGGUACCGUUUUUUUCCAUGCUACGUAAGAUCCCAUCAAACACUGUACCAAUUAUUAUGUUCUUAGUUUCGUACUGGGGCUUAUGUAAGUUGUCGUGUUCCAGAUGACGAUUCGCAUUUUAGUACUGCAAAUAAUAAACAUAAUUAAAACAAAUAUUGAGCAACAACUCUAAGUUGAAAGUAAUAGAGCCCAAGUAAAAUUCACAGAGGAUUAAUAAAUAAAUAAAAAGGUGAAAGAUACUGUAUCAGG